AUGGAACAGUUGCCUGAUCCCUCAGGACUCUUCUUAAAACAGCUAUGCCUGUUUCUAGUAAAUAUUUCUCUUAGUGCAGGUCCCAUAGCAAAAGAGCAAGACACGGCUCUUUAUCGUCCUGCCCUGGAGGAACUUCGCAGGCAGAUACGCUCUUCCACAACCUCCAUGACUUCUGUACCCAAGCCCUUGAAGUUUCUGCGGCCACAUUACGGCAAAUUGAAAGAGAUCUACGAAAACAUGGCCGUGGGGGAAAACAAGCGUUUUGCUGCUGACAUUAUAUCUGUUCUGGCCAUGACAAUGAGCGGAGAGCGAGAGUGCCUGAAAUAUCGGUUGGUGGGAUCUCAGGAACCCUUAGCUUCAUGGGGACAUGAGUACGUCAGGUAAGGAGCAAGUUAAGAUGUCUGACGAGCU